CCUGCCUCGCAGCUGAAAUGCCUCGUCGAAGCCGUCACGACCCAGUCCAACUGCUCCAGCGCCGACCCUGCCUGUGCCUGCGCCAGCCAGCCCGUCCAGGCUCGCGCGAGCGCCUGCGUCCAUGAUGCAUGCACCAUCCCGGAGGCGCUCAGGACCCUGAAGCUGACCAACUCGCUGUGCGGUGUCACUUCGGAGCAGCAGCGGUCCCACACCAUCAUUGUCUACGUCUUCAUCGUCAUCACCGCCCUCCUGGUUAUCCUGCGCUUCGCCGCCAGGCUGAGAACCCGCAACCCGCUGUGGUGGGACGACUAUUUCGCGCUGGGUGCGUUUUUUAUCGCCGGUGCUUUCACGGCGGUGUGCGGCGCGUUCGACCGCUUUGGGGUUGGGCUUGAUCUGUGGGCGGUGCCGGAGGAGAACCUGGUGCCCAUCUUCAAGGUAACGUGUCGUAUAGUAUUCGGCCUUUUCCUCCGCGUAGACACACCAAUGCUAACCCGGCGCCGUGUCUCAGCUUUUCUGGUCGGCCCUCCUCUUCUACGCCGUAUUGCGAACUCUGGUCCGCGUCUCCAUCUGCAUGUUCCUGAGGCGCGGCCGCACAUCAUGCUCGGCCUGGUGCUCAACGUGGUCCUCAGCGUCACCUUCACCUUCUGCAUCAUCUUCCAGUGCACCCCCGUCUCCAACUUCUGGACCGGCUGGGGCGGCCGGCUCGAGGGCGGCCACUGCAUCGACCAGUGGGCCGUAUUCGUCACCGCCGGCGUCCUCACCACCCUGCUCGACAUCUACGCCAUCGUACUGCCCCUCCGCUGGGUGCUGCCGCUGCAGCUCUCCCGCGCGAAGAAGGCGAUGACCACCGCCAUGCUUUCGCUCGGCGUCUUCGUCCUCAUCACCAGCGUGAUGCGCAUCGCCGCGCUCUACCGCUUCACGCACGACGCCAACGCCACCCGCAACCUGCCCGACAUGGUCAUCUGGGGCGGCCUCGAGCUCGACGUGGCCAUCAUCUGCGCGUGCAUACCCAGCCUCGCGCCGCUGCUG